GAGAGACAGAGAGAGAGAGACAGACAGGGAGGAGGCUGCUCUCAUCAAAGGAGCUCUCAAGCUCUACAAGUUAAUGAGGGACGUAGCCGAGACCCUGAAGCCCUCAGACCCUGACAGCUGCACACAGACAGACGGACGGACGGACGGACGGACGGACAGACGGACGAAGUGACAGGAGAAGCUCGAGGACAAAAUACUAAUCCAAGUCUGAAAUGACGUGGCGUGAGGAGCUACGUAGUCGGCAGUUCUGGCGUGCCAUGAUGGCAGAGCUGCUCGGCACCCUGGUGUUAGUGAGCGCUGUGCUGGGUGCCUCGGUGCCAGGCCCUGGAGAAGCCCCCGGGGGACCCCUGUACCCAGCUGUGGCAGUAGGUGUGGCGAUUGUCGCAAUGGCACACUGUUUUGGGGAAAUAAGCGGAGCUCAGGUGAAUCCUGCUUUGACUUUGUCCUUCAUGACCACACGGAGGCUGGAUGUUCUCCGGGGCCUCGUUUAUAUCACUGCUCAGUGUUUGGGGGCCUCUUUAGGAGCCGGGGCCCUUUAUCUGGCUCUGCCAGUCAAAACCACUGCAGACCAUUUUGUCAACAAGGUGCCCAUAGAGUUACAUGCAGCUCAGGCUCUCGGUAUCGAGGUUCUGUGCACCUUCCAGAUGGUCUUUACUGUCUUCUCCGUGGAGGACCAGCGGCGGAGGGAGAGUCCAGAACCAGGAAACCUGGCCAUUGGAUUAGCACAUAGUGCUGGAGUGCUCAUAGGGGCUCGGUUCUCUGGUGCGAGUAUGAAUCCUGCCCGAUCUCUGGGUCCAGCCAUCAUCACUGGCUUCUGGGAAAACCACUGGGUUUAUUGGAUUGGACCGGUGCUCGGUGCCGUACUGGCCGGAGUGUCCCACGAAUUCUUCUUUGCACACAGCGCCUCCCGUCAGAAGCUGGUGGCCUGUUUGACCUGUAAAGACAUUGAGAUCGUAGAGACGACCAGCAUGACGGGGUCGUCUCUGUCCACGGUGACGCAGAACGCACGAGUGAAGCAGGCCAACAAACAGGAGAACAACUGACACGAAGAGCCACACAGGAACACACACUUUGUACAGCAUCACAGUGAUUUUUAUGAAGAUGCACCGUGUUCAGUUCAGCAGGCUUGACUGCAGUGGGGACCAAAGAAAAGGGAGAAGUUGCAUUAAAGGUUCAACUUCUCACACAUGAUAUGCUGUAAUGUAGAAAAUGAGACAGUAGCUGCCAGUGACCCAAGCAAAUAUUGAACAUGAUAACAUCAUUCUUCAGUAUAAACAUUAUUCUUUUCAGUUUUAAAGCACCCAAGGAAGAAAUAUUUUCUCAAAUUGAAAUUUCUCAAGUUGUACCAUGAGAAAGAGAGAAUGUGGCUGUAUAAAGGAAAUAAACAAUGUCUAUCAAUGCUGAU